CAGUGAGCUGAAGGUUCUCUUCAUCCAUCAAAACCACCAAAAACCAUGUCGAAGCUCCAGGCAUCUAGCGUGCGUGCCUCCCUCCGCGAGGUCCUCAAGCAGUCCUCGCUCGAGGCUGCCAAGGAGGGCACCGGCAAGAAGCGUAACUUCGUCGAGACCGUCGAGCUCCAGAUCGGCCUCAAGAACUACGACCCCCAGCGUGACAAGCGUUUCUCGGGCACUGUCAAGCUCCCCCACGUUCCCCGUCCCCGCAUGCAGCUCUGCAUUCUCGCCGACGCCAUGGACGUCGACCGUGCUAAGCAGCUCGACGAAGAGCUUGCCUUCAUGACCGUUGAGGACCUGAAGAAGCUCAACAAGAACAAGAAGCUCGUCAAGAAGCUCGCCGCCAAGUACGACGCUUUCCUUGCUUCGGAGGCUCUUAUCAAGCAGAUUCCUCGUCUCCUCGGCCCCGGUCUCUCCAAGGCCGGCAAGUUCCCCACCCCCGUCUCGCACUCGGAGGACCUUGCCCGCAAGGUCAACGAGGUCCGCUCGACCAUCAAGUUCCAGCUUAAGAAGGUUCUCUGCCUCGGUGUCGCCAUCGGCCACGUCGACAUGGAGGAGGACCACAUUAUGCAGAACACCAUGCUCGCCAUCAACUUCCUCAUCUCUCUCCUCAAGAAGCAGUGGCAGAACAUUGGCUCGCUCCACGUCAAGUCGACCAUGGGCAAGCCCCAGCGUCUCUUCUAAGCGCCUCGUCUUUUGGUUUUCGGUUAUGAUGUCGUCGCCAUCUCUGGUCGACAUCCGCAACGUUUCGUGACCCCUUUCGCCAUUUCGAACCCCUUCUAACAGAACUCGGCACAACAAUACAGCAAAACCGGAGCAUUCGCACGCUUAUACCCAAGUCUUGUCAGACCCAUUAAUUUGGAGCUCGGGGACCGAGGGGAGCUGGUUGUGUCCUGCAGGAGGGGAGAGGAGUGGUUGAGGGAUUGGGAAGCAAUGCGGUGUCGGUUGCAGACCGAUGAUUUGUUAUACACCGAUGCAGGCGUUAUUAGUA